AUGAGUUGGCCCUUCAAUUACGAGGUCAAUGGUUUGAUGCUGGCCGGGUGGAUAGAAUCAAACGACAGAGUGGUCGGCCUGGUUGCAAUUUAUGGAACCAUCGGCGUACGAGUGGUAGCCGACUUGUUGGCACGAGUGGCCGUUUUUGCAGAAUGCCGGAGGUCCGACUUGGGUGGUUGUGAGGCCAGGCCUGGUUGUGACGUGGAGAUCCGACGUCGACGAAAUCGGCGGCAGCUAGGUCGGGCUUCGGAGAACCCGACUGCGACUUUGGGUGCUGGAGAAGAAGUUGGCAGCGAUUAG